AAUUCUCGUAAACCAAAGCGAACAGAAACGACAAAGGAAAAAGAGGAAGAAGACAAGUUGUGAGUAGAAGACAAACAAGCAAAGUCUGCACACAAUUGUGCAACUCAAGAUGAGAAACCACGUUCAUAAAAUAAUGCUCGCUGUUGAUAUUUUAUAGACCACCGAUGCAAAUCAUGCAACCGUGAAGUGAUGAUGAAGCCACACACCUAUUUCUGAUUUUGACCAGAAUUUAUAUACUAGUAGUUAAAAACAAUUACUAGGACAUUUUCGUCGAGACGUCCACGUGAGCACUGAGCAGCCAAACCGCGUGCCACCCCUAGAAUUCAAACCAAACAGAAGUCACAAGUCGCCACCUUUCUCUCUAUGUUUCCCUCUUAAAAAAAGGCCCAUCCUUUCACAAGUUUUAGAUCAAAGUAUACACGAGAAACAGAGAGUUUUCUGAAGAACCCAAAAAAAAGAGAGAAAUGUGUAGAUCGCCGGAUUUCGAGCGUUAUGUUGAGAAAGAGAGCUUAAAGGUUAAGGCUUUCUUCGUCAGGUUCACUGGUUUACCAACACGAGAAUUCUUACCGGAUUCUCUCACUCUUCUCUAUCCACCACGAAUCAACGAAGCGGCUUUCGAGCUCGAUGGGUCGAAGAUCCGACCCGAUUCUCCAGCGUUCGUGACGCUCUACAGAGUCGUGAAAGGAGGAGACGUGAUUUACGGGUCUAGAGAACGGGUUCGGGUCUGGGAAGGGAUCCGUUUCGAGGUGUACAUGAGUGAGGAGAGGGUGAUAAAAGGUAUUUUCAGAAAAGAAGAAGUGGACAAGUGGAAACUUGAGUGCGAGUGCGAGAUGGAGGAGGAAGGUGCGGCGGAGGUUGUUGUUGCGGCCGAGGGACACGUGGCGACGGCGACGAUGGCGAGGAAACAUAGACGGAGGAGAAAGCAGAGGGUUGGGUUUGAGUGUUUGGAGGAGAUACCGGAGGAGAGAGAGGAAGGGAGAGAAUCUGACGGCGGCGUGUGUUUUUGCACGUGUAGCGGCGGCGGUGAAUCUGACGACGGAGAGGGAGAGUGGGAGGAGGUGGAAUGGACGGCUGAGAUGGAGUCUGAGACAGAGGGAAUGGGAUGGGCCGUUGAUUUGGGGAUUUGGGUUAUGUGUUUGGGUGUGGGCUAUUUGGUGUCUAAAGCCUCUACCAAAACCUUGACAAGUGGGAGAAGAAGAAGGACAACAACUUUCUUCUAAUUUCUUGUGUAAUCAAUCAGUUUUAAUUGUACAAUAACGUUGGAACAUAAAUGUAAAAACCCAUGAUUUUGAUUACAAGAGUCGAUAGUUCCUUUUUGUUUGAA